CAAGAAGUCAAGGCAGUUGACGGAUGGGUACCAGGUACAGAUCCGAAGAUCGAUCAUACGGGACACUUUGAAUUCGGAGGCCCACUGGGAACAACAGCUAUGAUGGUUGGUUUCCCGCUUUUAAUGUAUUAUAUGUGGAUUGGAGCGACAUUCUACGAUGGCCACUUCCCACUUCCAGCAUCACAAUCUAUCACAGACUUUCUGGUACACAUGGCAAACUUGGUUUCGACCCACGCGUUUCCAAAUCUGAGGGCGUGGACCAUAUACUGGACAUUCUUCAUUCUCCAAGCGUUGGGAUAUUCCUUUCUUCCCGGAGUGACGAGCUAUGGUAAACCGCUUGAUCAUGAGGAUGGAAAGCAGCUUGAAUAUCACUGCAGUGCCAUUCAUGCAUUCUAUUAUACGAUUGUUGGUACAUCCAUCCUUCACGUUACCGGCCUCUUUCCUCUAUACACCAUCAUCGAUGAAUUUGGACCUCUCCUCUCUGUUGCUAUCAUCUCAGGCUUCCUCGUUGCCACUGUUGCAUACACCUCUGCCAUCAUUCGAGGCGCACAACACAGAAUGACUGGUUAUUUUCUUUACGACUUUUUCAUGGGCGCGGAACUCAAUCCGCGGAUUGGAAACCUCGAUUUCAAGAUGUUCUUCAUGGUCCGUAUGCCAUGGUUUAUUCUAUUGAGUGUCACCUGUGCUACAGCUGCACGACAAUACCACGACUACGGCUACAUCUCAGCUGAAGUUGGAUUCAUGGUGUUCGCACACCUCUUGUACGCCAAUGCUUGCGCAAAAGGUGAAGAGUGCAUCGUGAAAACAUGGGACAUUUAUUAUGAGAAAUGGGGUUUCAUGCUGAUUUUCUGGAACCUAGCAGGCGUUCCUUUGAGCUACUGCCACGCGACGCUCUAUAUGGCCAACCACCUAGACACCAUCUCUGACUGGAGCUACCCAGCACUCCGAACACCCCUUCUGGUGCUUCUGUUUACAUCGUACUGUUUCGUCUACUGGGUCUGGGACACAUGCGGCAGCCACAAACAUCGUUUCCGCGCCGCACAGCGCGGUGAAACGACGACGAGGAAAACGUUCCCUCAACUCCCCUGGCAGACGCUCAAUAACCCUGCUGUUCUCACCACACCCAAUGGAGAAAGUAUUCUGGUUGGAGGGUGGUACGCAUAUGCAAGAAAGAUACACUAUACAUGCGACGUCUAUUUCGCCGUUACCUGGGGACUGAUUUGCGGCUUCGAAAGCCCGUUUCCUUGGUUUUAUCCUGUUUUCUUCACGGUUAUGAUCAUGCACCGUGCGUAUAGGGAUAUUCAGAGGUGUAGGGCCAAGUAUGGGGAUACUUGGAAGGAGUUCGAGAGGCGGACUCCGUAUUUGUUCAUUCCGGUAAGCUUAGCCUUUUUCCAUCAGUGGGCAUUUGAGACGUUUGAAGCUAACUGA